UUUAGCAGUCGCCGUCCGCCUUCGCCCGCACGAUUUUCCGCGUUCGUCCCGUAGCGCUAUCCGCCGGCAACACUCGCCGUACGGUCGUCAGGUUUACGCAAAAUAAAUAAAAAAGAAAUCCUUUAAUUUUUCUUUGUUUUUUUUUUUUAUAAUAUUUUCACUUUUCCAUAAGACGUAUAAUACUUCGACGCCGGGAGGACGCGUUACGGUCCGUCAAAUCGAUUUCGCAUAGAUUGUUUUUCCACUGCUCGUCGGUCGAGCGGUUCUCGCGUCUUCCGAUUUUCCGUUCCGACAUCCUCUCGCCGUCGGUGCGCCGUGUGACACGUGUAGUAUAGAGUGAGUGACAGUGCCGUCACAACACAACGCAACGGUAAUUACAAUAUCUCCAUAAAUAACGCGAUCGUCGUGGGUCCGUUCCCGGUCCAGCUAUCUGUACCGGCUGCACCAGUUAUCGUUCCGGGCGGAGAAAAAUCAAAAAAAAAAUAAAAUCACGCCGAUAAUCUGUAGACGUGAGUAGGAGAUUUCGUACACUGUAGCUGUUCGCUAUGCCAGUGGUCAUAAACGGUCUUAGUGGUCGUCACGCCGCGUGAAAUCAGCCUACCAAACGUGUCGACGUAAUCGCACGCGCAAGAUGAGGCCGUUCGUGGUCGGCGUGGGAUUGGCACUGCUACUGGCCAUCGGGACGUUCCGUGGCGCCAUAUGCUUGCAAAAUGGCGAUGGGAAAAAAAACUCAGUGCCGGAAACUGGUGGAAAACCCGCCGAAAAACCUUUGGCUCCUGUGCGUGGUGCCUCCACGGCGCUGCCUCCGCGGAACACGUCCAACUCGACCACCGCGGUGGCCACAACGGAAGUAUCGAACUCGACGCAAAGCAGCGCACUGGACGACACGCAACUCCAACGGACAUUACUGAAACCAAAGUUUUUGACGGAAAACUCGUCGACCGUUGUCGCACAGACGGGAGCAUCAAGCCGGAUAUCCUGUCUCGUCGCCAAUCUGGGCGACUGCGUGGUUUCCUGGAUUCGUAGACGAGACUACCGACUGCUCACCGUCGGGCUAUCCACAUACACGGAAGAUUUGCGGUUUCAAUCUCUGCACCACGUUCAGACUGGGGAUUGGACACUACAGAUAAAAUACGUUCAACUACGAGACGCCGGUUUGUACGAGUGCCAAAUAUCAUCACAUCCACCGAAAAGCAUUUUUAUCAAUUUAAAAGUUGUCGAGGCACAGGCCGAGAUAGCCGGCGCUUCCGAGAAGUAUCUGAUGCUGAACAGCCCGCUGCAUCUGGAAUGCGUCGUCCAGCAGAGCCCCGUGGACCCGGUAUACAUAUUCUGGUACCACGACAGCCGAAUGAUCAACUACGACAUCGACCGAGGUGUGAACGUCACGUCCGACUUACCGAACAAGCACAGCGCAUUGUACAUCGAACGCGCUUCCCGCGCCCAUUCCGGCAACUACACGUGUGCACCGAGCAAUGCGUUCCCUGCCAACACGGUCAUACACAUUCUCAACGGUGAGAACCCAGCGGCCAUGCAACACGGACACGGACGAAGUCUGAACAUGCUCAGCUGUCCGUCCAUAUGGAUACUCAUACCGUCCUUAGUCAUGUUCGUCAACUUCAAUACAAAUUGAGAGCACAAUAUUAUUGGUGUGCGACUGUGAGCGCGCGCGAAACGGAAACAAUAUUAGCUACAACGAUAACAGAUUACGAAUGAAAAAAAAAAUGAAUCGUGUAAAUACAUUUUUGAUUACGGAUAUUAUUAUAGCUUUUAAUCAUUUCUAAGACACCGUUUAUAAUAAUAUUAUUAAAUAUUACGUCAUUGCACACUACGCCAUGGUGUUUUUUAAUCUCAUUAAUAAUAAUAUGUCUGUCGAUACCUACAUAAUAAUAUUAUACCAGUCAAAUGAUUUAUUAAUCGAUAAUAAUAAAAAUAUUAUUAUCAUAUAAUAUUAAAAUAUUAUGUAAUCAGUUAUAUAUUUUAACCGUGUUAGUUUUUAUUAUGUUUUAAAUGUGUAUACGAUUCGCAUAUAGACAAAAUAUGUAUAUAUUGGUGAUAUUUAUUUGAUAUUUUCCAUAUUAUAUAAACCCGUACAUCAAGGAUUUCGGCUUGUAAAUUGUAGUUUUGAAAAUAUAAUAAUGUAGAAGUGAGGAAAUGUUUGUUUGACAUAUUUUAUUCUCGUUAAAGACAUUAAAUGAAUAACAACUAAAGACAUUUUAAUCAUGUGUAUAAUAUUAUGUGUUGUAUGAUUUAAAAUUAAGAACAAUCUUACGUUUAUGUAUUAUAUUAUUAUUAUGAAUUAUUUAUAACACUAAUUUAGUCAUUAAUAUGUCCAACUCCCUAAAAACUGUUUUAUUUUGUGUAAAUAUAUAUUUAUAAAGUAGGUGUUACGGAUGAAUAAUUUUUUCCAAUGUCCGAAACCUGUUUAUUUCAUCGAAUUUUUCAACAAACGACUUACCUAAUCUGGAUUGAAUUUUUAUAAUAUAAAUACAUGGUAAUACUUUUUUGUUAACAUCUUACUGCUAAAAUAUACCUGCAUAUUAUGUAUGAACACAAAUAGUCGUGGUAAAGCCGAAAUGUCUUAGAAAUGUGUGUCGUAGUAACUAUACAUUUUAAGUCGAUUAAUUGAUAUUAUCACGGUUGAACGAGUCACCAAAGUACAUGUUUCAUUGACCAUAAUUCAAAGUUCUCAAAACUUUACUAUUCACUGAAAUAUUAAAAUUAGUAAAUAGUAACCUCUGAUGAAAUAAAACAAUACACUUCAUUGAACUAUUUGUGAAACAUUAAAGGGAAAUGCAAAAAUGUCUCAAAUUUUCGGGCUUUUGAGAAUUCUUUCGGAUAUUAGUUUUCGUACAUAAAGGAAAUGCACGUGAAUACAUUAUUUUACUCUUUAAACAAUGUGUUCGUAUGUUUAUUCUGAAAGGAGCAAAUAAGCUUUUGGUUUUACGUCGUCAUUUUUUCUCUUUUUUUUACAAAUAUUUUUAGAGCAGUAAACUUUUUCAAAUUCUCUCAUGUAGAAUAUACAGUUCAUUGGAAUCUGAAUGUAGUUUGUGCUUUGAAAACUACAAAAUUGCUAAAAACAAAUUGUUUUUUUUUUUUUUUAAUAACCAAUAAAACAAACAUAGUGAGUCUAAUUUUCAGCAUUUAUGGUUAUAUAUAAAUUCCAAAACUAUAAAUACUAUUCAGAAAUUAACCAAACGUAUUGACAACAAUUUUAAUAUAAUAUACUAUUACACAAAUGAUUUUUUUAUAACCUGUAAAAUUUUUUCUGAUUCUUCUAAAAGUAAACUCUCAAGUAUUAACGUCUUAGGAAAAAUAAUGUUUACAUUACUUAAAAUUAAAGCCUUGUUUGGACAAACGUAUAGUAUUACCCGUAAAUAUAUAAAAUUGUUUUUUUUUUUUUUUUUGGAGGGGGGGCAUUUAACUUUAACAAAAACAAAUAGGUGCACCAACCGUACGUAAUAUGUAAAUAUGGUUUUAAUGGAUUUUAUGAGAUUACCAAGUACUAACAAACACAUAGUCAUUUUUAUCUAAUAUUAAGACUGACAAGUAUAACUAUAUUUAUUUUACUUUAUACAUUUAAUGUACAAAAAACAUAUUAAUAGGUACCUGGUACCUAUAUAUUAUAAAGUUUUAUUUCCCAAGUAUUUAUUCACUAUAUUGACGUUUCUUUCAUUCUUUGUUUAUACAAAUCGAAAUUAGAAAUAGUAGUUCAUUCGUUUUAAGUAUUUAAAGUUGUUACGAGUAAGUAAUGAGGGACAUUGAGUAUUUUCACACAGGUUUUCAUUGCCUGUUCGUAGGAACUUUAAAUACUUCAUUCAUCGUAAAUUAAAUACAUUUAUCAUUUCUUAACAUCUCGUUUAAAAAUCAAUUUAUAUUUAUUUUAAUUCCCAGAAAAAUUUGAAACAAUGUGAAAUUAAAAUUGGAUACAGUCAUUCAACAAAUUAUAGUAAAAUGACAUGGUUUAAAAUAGAACUAUUUAAAAAAAGUUAAAUCCUACAUAAAGUUGUGGAAUAAAAAUAUUUCCUAAAACGUUUAUACUUUGAGAGAAAAUGAAACUUUAACUCUAAAACAUUGGAUGUAAUAUAAUAUACAGGUUUUUUUUUUAAAUACCUAACUAAAUAAGCAAUUGUUGAUGAUUCAAUUGUUUCUAAAAUUGAAAGCUAUUGAUUAAAUUAAUAGAGUCUUAAAAUAUAUAACUCAUCGUUUUAAUAAAAGUACUUAACUGUAAUUUAUAAACAUUUUGAACCACGUUUGAGCAUGCAAUAGCAUCGAUUUAUUCAUACAGUUAGUAAGCAGCUUACAAGAUCGGGCGAUUCCACUGUACCCACCAAUUACGUUUUUUUUUUGAAAUUAUAUUAAUGUCUAAUGUUUUAUAUACCAAUAGCUAUACAUAAACUGUAUACAUUCUCAAUAAAGGAAAAUGUACUGUUAUCUGCACAGAUUAUUAUUUAUUUGAUUAAUCAAUGUUAUAAUAAUGGUAUUAAAAAAAAAAAAAUGUAUCACGUUUGUAAGCUAAAAUUAAUUUAAUAGUAUUUUAUUGAAAUGUAUUUAAAUAUAGUGUUAAGAUUAUUAUAUGCGUGUAUAAUAUAAAUAUAUAAUAAUAUAGUAGCACCUAUCUUCCAUAUAAAACAAUAAAAUAUUAACUAAACUUAGAUAAGAUUACCUAUGUAUAAUACUUCCAUGUCAUUAAGUUGUAGAAAAUGUUUAUUAUUUAUAUAUUUUUAGCAUGUCAAAACAUUUUUCACUAUUCUUUUUACGUUUAAUAACUCGAUAUAAAAUUAUAUAAUAUUUAAUCAAAUGUAUAUCCUUAUUUAAAUACACAUGCAGUUACCUAUAAAUAUAUGUAUUAUUAAUGUAUAGAUAAAUAAUGGAUAUGUAUGU